AUGGAGCUGUCCGACGGCACAACGGACAUUGUCCACCCAGAAGUUCGGGCACACAUCAGCAGCCUCGUCGCGGCGCUCGGAGGCGCCAGUACGGAGGAUGAUGGCCGAUACCACCUUGGAGACGACGCAUUGGAGGUCCUUCGCGAUAUCAAACGAUGGAUUCGCUUCUACGACGAAAAAACGAACCGCAUGGACGUUGCCCGCUGUAUUCACGAAGCGAACCUGAUCGAGGGAGAUUUGCUUCCGAUCUUGGCAACAUGGCCUGAAAAUGCCACCGAUAGCAAGUACAAGUCUCGAAUUGCACUGGCGUGCUUUGAGAUCAUGGUCCCGUUGACGUGGCCGAUGGAGAGGGACAAGGAGCGAAUGACAAUCAACCACCAUCGGCAUAUGCCCGUGCUGGAGCUUGCACAAGUUCAAUACAAGAUGGCCAUGAUCAAUUUUGAUGAGGCCCGGAUCCUGCAUGCUGCUGUCAGGACUGCUCUGCCGUCGUUGGCGCUCCCUGCCAGCGAUAGAGCAGCACGAGAUCAAGGCAUCAUCAAAUUGGUGCUUUUCUUCCUGCGCAACAUGGCCAUGAUUGCGCCUCCUCCCAAUGUGCAAUACGAGGGUGAUGAGACGCAAAUUUCUCGGUCGGCCACCAUCGACGCUUUUUCAUACCAAGACAUAUUCUUAUUCUUGCUUACCUUGGCUUCAAACAUGGGCGAUGAUUUCAGGACGGAGGAUACGGCUGUCAUGGAGAUUAUCUACCAUCUCAUCAAAAGAGUUGAUAUAGAGAAGCUCUUUAUGACGGAGCAGCAAGCACACAAGGCCAAGGCGCAUGAGCUUACGUCCCUGAUGAAUAAGGAGUCGGCGAUGCUCAAAGCUUACACCCGCAAUGGCCCGACCCGACACAACCGCUUCGGUACGAUGAUUUGGGUCAAGCGUGAAGAUGGCAAAAUGUCCUCGCUUUCUGGGCAAGAUGCGCUCGCCGAUACCACAGCGCGCAACUUGAAGAUGGAUAAGAACAAAGUAUUCAAGCCUCCUCGUAGGACAAAGAAAGAGAAUAAAGAUGAGAGGGACCUGGGACCGCCGGCGAAGCUUAACGCGCGAGCAACCGGACAGCUCCGCUCAUUUGUCGAAGAAUUUCUCGAUUCGGGCUUCAAUCCCCUCUUCUCGCAUGUUCGCAAAACUAUCGACAGAGAGGCUUCGCAUGUCAUGCAAUACCACAGGAGGCAGUUUUUUUACCUCGUGGCAUGGUUUCUCGAGGCUGAACGGACACGGCAGAAAUUGAAAAGGGACUCUAGAAAGAGUAAUGACGAUGUAUCCAGCUUCAGCCUUGUUGCCGGAGUUUUAAACCAAGAAAUGUUUAUUACUCUUAAUAAGGCGAUGAACGAGGCAUACGAGUACAAGGACUGGCAUGAAUUAGCGGCUGUAAUGAGGUGCUUCACGCAGAUUCUGCUCACUGUCCAAGAAAUGAUCGAGAGCGGCAGAGAAGACGAUGAGGAAAUUGCAGAGAAUGUUCUGAGCCGUUUGUUUUAUGAAGAGUCGACGCAUGAUAUCAUCGCCAACAUAGUUAGGACGUAUAAGGACCAAGGGUUUUACUACCUGGAUGCUGCUACGGAGCUGGUCCAUCAUUUUUUGCGUAUCUUAGAAGCAUACUCAAAGCAGAAUGCGGACAUGCAGGUUCGCUCUCGCAAACGAACACGGCAAAAGAAGAACAAAGAUCAGCAGCAGCAGGGCACAGAAGAUGGCGUCUUGGCCGAAGAGAAUGACGACUCGGCCAAUGAUGACGAAACUGCGGAGCGCACCUCGAAGGAGCGCAAGUUUGAUUUUCAACGCUUCGCGGCUCGCUUUACACCGCAGGGUGUUGUGGAUACGUUUGUCAAGUUUACGCGAUUCUAUCAGGAUAUGGACGACUCACAGCUGAAACGCGUUCAUCGAUUCUUCUACCGACUUGCGUUCAAACAGGAGAUGAGUGUGAUGCUUUUCCGCGUGGACAUAAUACACCUAUUAUACAACAUGAUCAAAGGCCCUGAGGCUCUGGAUAAGGGCUCAGGCAUGUUUAAAGACUGGGAGGAGCUCGUGAAGCAGAUCCUUCGUAAAUGCUUCAAAAAAAUUGAACAGAGACCAGAACUCAUAAUUGAGAUGCUCUUUAGCAAGCUGCAGAGCACUGCUUUCUUCUUAGAAUACGGAUAUGAGAAGCAGACUGCCUCUAAGAAACAGGCGAAGCCUGGGGGCGAGCUUGUCUUCAAGUAUACAGAAGAGCGAGAUCGUCAAAUUGCCAUUGUGGUCGGCGCACUGCUCGACAAGAACGAGGGGGAUCAUAUCAACUGGGUGAAGAGUAUUCUCACUGCGGCUGAGAGUGAACGUCGGUCGUGGGCUGCGGCAGAAGAAGUCUUGACAUCAACUGAAACUCCGUUGGAAGAAUCAACAGAUGCUAGUGCUCCAAAGGAGCCGAGCAAACCUACUCCCUUCAAUGUACGUGUUGAUAACGAUGCGAGACGCGCCGCGAGAUUCAAGAACUCGUACCUACGACUUCUGUUAAGUCUUUGCGGAAUUCAGUUGCUUGGCCCUGCAAGUGAAGAAACGCCAGAGUCUCUCUGGAUAGUCUCAGAAGAUGUCACUGCCGACGAGCUCAAAGACACAUUACAUUAUAUCAACCAGGCAGAAUUCAGCCCUCCAACGUUUGACGAUGGACAGCUGGCAGAGAAUCAGCUAAAGAGAAAACUACCACCUCGCAAGAAGGCUGAUUUUGACGACGACGAGGACGAAGACGCGGAUGAUGAAUUUAUGUUUGAGCCUGGCGGCCCAACAGUGAGAAAAGCUAUCGACGAAUCAGUAAGACCCAAAAAGACAAAGAAGAGGAGGCGGAGGAAUAGCCAGGUCCUAGAGCUGGACGAUGAGGAGCUUGAAGAAAAGGCCCUACAGAUUGACAGUGAUGGUGAAGAUGAAGGUAAUGACGACGACUUAUUACUAGGAGGCCUGAUUGACGACGAUGAAGAAGUGGAGGAGAACACUAGUAGGGAUGAUACCCCCGCUGAGGAAAGCGAUGGCGAUGGCAGUGGCAGUGGCAGAAAGAAGAGAAAACUUAGCGUGGAAGAGGAUGAUGUUGACGCAGAGGGCGACGACGAUGUUGACAUGGAAGAUGCUUCACAAGCGCAGCAGUCGGCAGUGAACGCUGCGGAAGAGGGCGACGAUGCUCCCGUAGUGGUGACCCGGAGGCCGAGGGUACGGGGCGGUUUUGUCAUAGACAGCGAUGACGAAUAA